UCGGCUACGGCGGCCGGGCGGGGACAGUGCGCGGCGAGGCGAAGCGCGGCGCGGCUGGGCGAGGCUAGACGAGGCGGCUGCCGGCCGGCGGGCGCGGGACGAUGCUGGAGGCGGCGGCGGCCGAGGCCGAGCUGGACGCCGAGGACCUGGUGCACUUCUCGGUCGGGGACCUGCCCAGCCGCGGCUACGGCGUCAUGGGCGAGAUCCGGCGGCAGGGCAAGCUCUGUGACGUCACCCUCAAGGUAGGGGACCACAAGUUCAGUGCCCACCGGAUCGUCCUGGCGGCCUCCAUCCCUUACUUCCAUGCCAUGUUUACAAAUGAUAUGAUGGAGUGCAAGCAGGACGAGAUUGUCAUGCAGGGAAUGGAUCCAAGUGCACUCGAGGCUCUGAUCAACUUUGCCUACAACGGGCACCUUGCAAUAGAUCAGCAGAACGUUCAGUCUUUGCUGAUGGGGGCAAGUUUCCUUCAGCUGCAAAAUAUCAAGGAUGCCUGCUGCACCUUUCUCAGAGAGAGACUUCACCCAAAGAACUGCCUGGGAGUGCGUCAGUUUGCAGAAACGAUGAUGUGCGCGGUGCUCUACGACUCUGCCAAUAGCUUCAUCCACCAGCACUUUGUGGAGGUGUCCAUGUCCGAGGAGUUCCUCACGCUGCCUUUUGAAGACGUCCUGGAGCUGGUUUCAAGGGACGAGCUCAAUGUCAAGUCAGAGGAGCAGGUGUUUGAAGCUGCAUUGGCCUGGAUACGGUACGACCGAGAUCAGAGGGAAACCUUCUUGCCUGAGCUGCUGUCCAAAAUCCGACUGCCCCUUUGUCGACCUCAAUUCCUCACUGACCGCGUGCAACAAGAUGACCUUGUCCGCUGCUGCCAUAAAUGCAGGGACCUCGUCGACGAGGCAAAAGACUAUCACCUAAUGCCAGACCGCCGGCCCCACCUCCCAGCAUUCAAAACCCGUCCCCGAUGCUGCACUUCAAUCGCGGGAUUAAUUUAUGCAGUGGGAGGACUUAAUUCAGCAGCACAUUUUUAUGCAGGUGAUUCACUGAACGUGGUGGAAGUCUUCGACCCCAUUGCCAAUCACUGGGAGAAGUGCCAGCCAAUGACGACGGCGCGCAGCCGAGUGGGCGUCGCGGUGGUGAACGGACUCUUGUAUGCCAUCGGUGGCUACGACGGCCAGUUGCGGCUGAGUACGGUGGAAGUUUACAACCCAGAGACGGAUUUGUGGUCCAAAGUGGGAAGCAUGAACAGCAAACGGAGCGCAAUGGGAACCGUGGUGCUGGAUGGGCAGAUCUACGUAUGCGGAGGGUACGAUGGAAACUCAUCCCUCAACUCUGUGGAGACGUACUCGCCAGAAACAGACAAGUGGACAGUAGUGACCCCUAUGAGCUCCAACCGCAGCGCAGCCGGAGUCGCAGUGUUUGAAGGCAGGAUCUAUGUGUCUGGAGGGCAUGACGGCUUACAGAUCUUCAGCAGCGUGGAGUACUACAACCAUCACACGGCCACGUGGCAUCCCGUCGCCAGCAUGCUCAACAAACGCUGUCGACAUGGAGCCGCCUCCCUGGGCAGCAAGAUGUUUGUGUGCGGGGGCUACGACGGCUCCGGCUUCCUCAGCAUUGCUGAAGUUUACAGCUCCAUGGCGGAUCAGUGGUACCUGAUUGUCCCUAUGAACACCCGGCGGAGCCGUGUCUCCCUGGUAGCAAACUGUGGCCGCCUUUAUGCUGUGGGUGGCUAUGACGGACAGUCCAACCUCAAUUCAGUAGAAAUGUAUGACCCAGAAACUAAUCGCUGGACGUUCAUGGCCCCCAUGGUAUGUCACGAAGGAGGGGUUGGUGUGGGGUGCAUACCACUCCUGACCAUCUGAAGAAGGAAGCACAAGGCGGCCGUCUUCAAGUGACAAUCUUGGGAGAGACCCAACAAGGGUAUAAUAAUGUGAUAUUGAGAGGUACAUUUCCAGGUGCUCGUGUCAUUCAUGAACACACACAAACUGUCCUAAAACCACCCUGUAACUUGCGUGCUGAGGUUCCAGAUAGACGAAUAAUUUGGCAUUCAGAUUACGUGUGCGGAUGCAAGCGAGACUUGCCCACCUCUCUCCUGGACUGGGUGUCGAAUGUAUCCUGUGGCUGGCGGGGGCUUCCCCUUGCCAGCCAUUGCUUUGGGUACAGCAUUGAUCCAGGCAGGGUCCACCACAAGCAGUGCUUUUGAGAAUCACCGCUGGAGUCUGUAUGCUGUGGUUCGACUCUGCGUAAAUCUGUGUUGGGAUCAACUGGGAGGGAGCGUAUAAGCAGUAUGUUCAGGGCAAACAACCCAAAAGUCAAGAUCUAGUUUAUCAUUAACAAAUAAUUGGGGUGUUGCAAACAGGCUGGUUCUCUCUAUCUUGUUACCAGGCAUGCUAGAUCUUGCUCAAUAUUACAAAGCAGAAGGGACUCUGUCACCAAUGUUGGUUCUUAGAAGACUGUGGUUGGGCAAAUGCAUGGAAAUGGGUAGCCCCUUUGCAUCUGAGGUGCUGUCCUUAUGACCAGCGUUUUGCUAUCUCCUUUGAAUGUAACUUAUUUUGUUCUACUUGAUCAGGAAAAAAUGGCUCAAACCAUUUUAAGAAGGGGGCAGGGGAUGAGAGGUCCCUCCUUCCUCCCCUCCCAAUUUUUCCAAAAAACUAGGUUACAAUAGGGUGUUAUGGGGUGGGGGAGGGGAGAAAUAUCAAUGACACCAGCAGUAAACUUAGAUUUAAGUGAGAAAAUGGCCAAAAUGUUAAUAAUAAAGGUGUCUCUUUCAAAAUAAAAUCUCUAUUUUAGUUUUGCAAAAGUUAGGCAAGAUGCAUACAAGAAACAGCUGGGUCACAGGGUGAUCAAGGUCGGUUCUUCUGAUCUUUCAAGCAGAGGAGAAAACCCAGAGCCUCACCUUGGUUUUCCUUUGGAAAUUCCCUGCUGUGCAUUCAGCUGUUUUUGAUUUCACAAAAAUGUCCUGUGGGUUUUGAAAUACAGAGUUGGCCCCACUGCGUUGUGAUCUGCUGUGUUUCUUGUCUCUGUCCAGGAAGGGCCUGCUAUACUCAUUUGCUUCAGACAGCUCAGAUACAGACUUGACCUUUAUGGAGAAAUACGGUGUAGGGACAGACAGCAAGAGUUUGCAUAAGAGACGUCAUGCGAGUGAGUGGAAAAUCGUGCAUACGUAAACACUCACUGCUGCCUUAGCUUUUAGUCCGUCAAGUGUUUUACAUUUUCAGUUUGAUGAGUGGGAAAGAUCUUUACAGCGUGGCCAGGUGACAUGGUAUUAAUUGGCUAGCAAAAGUUUUCUGUUCCUGGCAGGGAACAAGUAGUCGGCCUGGAAAUCUUUAUCCAUGUGUUCUGCUGUCACACAGUCUGCUGGCAGAAGAAUAGGUGCUAUCUCUACCCCUUCCUCCCUGACUCUCUCAUAAUCUCCUUGUCCGCUGUUUUUAAUGAUUGCAAAUGAAAGGACAAGUGGGUCCGUGUCCUGCAGCUGCUCCACUUGUGGCACGUACCACCUGACAAAUACUUUGGAGUCCUUGGGCCUGCACCUUUGCCCUGAAGACUUGAACAAGAGGCAAUGUAAGGGGAUGGUGUCUUACAGGCCUGGACCAUGGAUACCUGGGUCUGAGUUGCUCUUCCCAUGUUGCUGCCUGGUAGCUGUUCCAGUCGCCCAGAUGCUGUUGUGCAACCUUGAUGAAGAAAAGUGUCAUCUUGGCCAUUUCCUUCUACAGCAGAUCCAUGCUGCAGCGAUUCAUUCGGAGCACAUCUCCGUGGUUGGCGCAUUGGUGGGUUAAAAUAUACAUCACUUGCAAGAUUUGCCAAGCAGGCUCUGUGGCUUUCCACUGGCUGAGGCACUUCUGGGAGGAAAACCACUAUCUGAAACCUUCUCUUUUUGCUUAAUCAAAAAUCAGCAGCAUUCUCAAUAUCCAGGUAGGCUUUCUGACUCCUUCAGUCAGCCCUUCGGUGCAGCCCGCACUAACGGCAUCAUCGAAGAAUUCGAUCGGCACAAGACCUAAAGCUGAAAUGCCCAGGCCGACAGGACGGUAUGGACAACGUGGCCUAGGACAGACUCCUGUGUCCUCGGAGAUGAUAUUUAAAUAUAUCCAACUUGAAGUAAACGUGUGUUAGCUCGCUGUUGUUUCUCUCGCAUGCGGAGCUCUCUGCCCAGCACACAUCCUCCUGCGGGAGUCCACAAUAAACCCCCAAGUCGCAGCUUCCGCCGUUGCACUGUGCGAGGAUGCUGAGAUCGCGGCAAGCUCCCAUGGGCAGAACAGCCGGGCAGGAAGGGAAAGGCCCUUCUACUCGAACACUAAUCUCUUUCAUCGACGGGGGGGAGAGAAAACAGCUCGGUUUGCUGCCUUUUGUGUGAACUUUUGAAAGUGCUAAAGCUCCUUUAUGGGGGUUUGGGUCCAGGGAGGCUCUGUGCACUGCCCACCUCUGAGCCAGCCCGGGCCAAGGGUGUUCCCCACCUCUUUGUAGGGGAGUCUGAAUGUCCUUGCUUCUGAAAACCCCCAAUGCAGUUGAGGUUUCUAACUUUGGGUAUAUACGUGUUGUCUAUAUAUUCCGGUACCGGUGUCUGUUUUAGGUGUUGUAUGAGCAUAUCUGGUGUAACUGUGGCUCGUCCUGGUAUAUCUUUUUUUUCCCCGUGUAUAUAUCAACCAGUGGGUCGUGCUGGAGGGUAAAUUCAUUUGGCAUUUCCCUGCUGCUAAGACUCGAUUCCAGCCUUUUCUGAAGGAGACCAAAGCUUGUUUCCAGGGCACGAACUGCAGGGUGCUAACGAAAUCAAAUGGUUUGCAGCACACUGCAAGUUUAUAACUAGUACGUCUUGGAGACAGAAUGGGAUUUUAUUUGCUUUUCCAUUGUAAGGCUUAUGGCAAGAAAAGGAAUUAGCAGCAUUUUUCCGUUGCUAAUCCUCUUCCCAAGCUGUUUCAGUUGGGCAGUACAAAGGGAGAUUUUUAAGGGGCAUACUGCUUUUAGAGAUCCUUUAAUGCUCAUGUUUCUUUGCUCCCCCCAUCACUGCUUUUAAAGGAGUGUGGCAUUGACACAACUUCCAGCAGUCGUGCAAAAAUCACAUCAUUGAUGUGAGGGGUUGCACUCUCGAACACGGGGGUCGCUUGUCUUCUGUCCAUGUAGCAAUCCCUUAUCUGAGCUCCCCCCACCGCUGCAGUGAUGUACUUGCAUUGUUGUACGUCCAGAGAUUUUACCACCCUGCUAAAAUUGCACUGAGGGCGUGGAUGAGUAGAUUUUUUACUAGGCUGCACUUAUUACACAAGCAGGUUCAGCCUCCAGGGCGUUACUGCCUCUUGCCUGGCGGUAAAGGGUAACUGUAGAGCUGCAAUGUGCUGCCUUCAAAUUGGGGGUGGUUUUAUUUGAAAUGCUUCUGCCUUGGCAGCCGUGAGUUGGAUGCACUGAGCGGGACAGUCACGGUGGUAUUGGAAAGGCCCCCGGGAUUUGGCUCUUCACACACCAGGGUAGGACAGCUCUCACUUCCCACGAGGUGCCCAUCACCAGGUCUCCUCUGAGUUGAUGCUGGUUCCUUCAACAGCCUUUGGUAUGGUUUUAAGCGUUCGGCUUUUUCCUGGUAACUUUGGCACACGAGGUCUGUUUGCAGACAACAAGGCUUCUACCAACAGGCCUGGGGGUGAGCAGACCCCAGAGGGCUCCACGUAUUAUACUGCGUUAGUAGCAUCUAAACCGACGCAGACACGUAAGAGAGUACCCCUCUCUACAGAUACCAUGUAGGUACACUUGGAGGUCCUGCUUUGCUUCUUUUGGACCAGUUUAACCAAAUGGCCAUAACCAGAGAUCGGUUUGGGGAGGAAAGAAAGGGAAUGAAGGUUGUCAGCGGAUGUCUGUUUCCUCUGGGCUUCCUGCUAUCAGGUCUGUUUUGUAUUCCCACCUCCUUGGGACACCGUACAGCCAGCUAAGCAAGUGGUUUUUAAACGCCCUGGCACCAGCCUCCCCUUUUGCAUCAGUGCUGCCCAACAGCCUCUUUCGAGUCACCUGUAAAACUAUUCAGUGAUCAGUAUUUAUCCAUGUUUGUGCUAGGGGCUGUACAAAGGUGUAGUAGCAGACAGUCCUUGCUGCAGGGAGCUUGCAGCCUAAAUAGACACGGUUGCUGCCAGUGGAAAAAGACACAAGGGCUGUGUCCAGAUGACUGCCAUGGCAGUGCCAUGUACUGCACAUUCACCUGUUUUCCAUGCUGUAAGGGAGCAGUGUGUGUUGGGGGGGUUGACCCCUGGAUAUCCAGGGGUCCAAAAUACCCAUGCAGAAAAAGGGCAGAGCAUGCAGAAGCAGCACGUGCCACUCAAAAUGAGCCUGGCCCGCAGGAGCUAUGCUCCAAAAUGAGGCUGGAGAGAGAGGGAGCAUCUUGUCCAAGCUCAUACUGCAAGUCAGCGACAGAGCCCAGGUCUCCUGACUCCCAGCCUAGUGCUCUGUGCACCGUGGCGUGCGUCUUCCAUUUCAGCUCGCUUUUUCAUAUGGGGGGUGGAGAGGAUAAACCUCUCCUGAGAUUCCCAUAUACCCGCAGAGUUGGUGAUGCAUCCCGUUAAAGCGAAGUUGUUGACAAGCCAUUCUUGGGUGCUUCUAAGCCUGCCGCACAUCUGCCCCUAACACUUCAAGGUACACUGUGCCUCUGGGUUCCUGUCUCUGCUAACGUCUGCUACCGCAAGGGAAAUGUGUGACUCUGAACACACGCGUGAAGAAUAGGUCACUGGUGACUGUUCCCUUUCUAAGACUUUGCCUCUAGUCACCUGUAGUUUGUGUACUACAGAUUGGAGUACACAGUCUGUACCAAACUCUGCAGUUUAUCCAUUUGACAGAAGUUGAACGCUUACGCUUUUGGUCCCAGAAGUUUUACUGGAGGUUCUUGAGACGCCUAAAAAGCUUGACCACGAGACUCAAAUACUUGCAACUGCCCCUCUGGAAAAUGAGCACUACCAGGAGUUCCCGUCCCAUCAGCCUGCCUCUUGGUGGUCAUCUGGCCAUGCUGAGAGCUGGAUGCUACGAUUUGUCUUGAUAGAGACCUACGGUCUACUUGUGGGUUCGAGACAUCCCCCCCUUGCCCUUAAUCCUCUUCAGUAGGGUGAAAAGUCAGUCUUUCCUCUCAUCCUUAAAAUAAGUCUUCCUCUCCCCACCACUACCAUAGACUCUUCCUCUUAUGCUGAUCAAGGUUGCCCACAGGUGCCAAGAGGCCACUUGGGACUCAAAACUGAGCCCUUCUCUCCUCCCUUUCAUCUGCAGAUUUUGUGUUUCCUAAUAGUCCCCGCCGGGUGGAAAUACUGGUUGGAGAGUGGGGGGGGGGGGGACUGGACUGCAGCCUUCUUUAGGACCAGGAUUGCACUGGUCCUAACCAAAGCAGAGAUCAUGCAGCUUUUGCGUAUGGUGUGAUCCCUCUCUUCUCUCUGCAGAGGUGGUUAGGUCAUGAAGCAAGAUUAUUCAGGUGAUAUGAGAUGACAAGGUUUGCUGCUACAGGUGGUGGUCAUGGAGUUUCUUCAAACAGGCUGAAACAAGUCAAAUUUCUUGAUGAAUUAGUGCCAGAAGUCUCCUUGGCACCUGGCAACUUAUUCUUACAGCCAGUUCCCCUCCCCUGGCCAAGCAUCUCUCUUCUCCAAUGCACUUCCCCCUGGCGAGUGUUAGACUGGAACAAUUUGGGAGCGAUUGAUUCGAUUGAUUGAUUUCUUUUUUUAAACAAAACAAUUCUGAAAGGAUUUGGCUCCGGAGUUUGGAGAGCGCAAAAAAUACUUGUGUGAACAGGUAUUGCUCAGGCAUCUCAAAUAGCCAUGGCCUGGAUUUGGUAAUGAAAAGCCUCGCGCUUCGAUUUUUAAAGGGGUGCUGCUGAAGGUGACUAUGCUAAAACUUGUGCUUCCUGUCUUUUAUUAAAGUCCUCGCAUCAAUCCUCACUAUAUGUUAACUUCCAUGUCUACGAUCGUCUAGAGUAAAGCAUUCUUCUAGGAGCUGCUCAAAAACUGGGACUGUCACAAAAUCCUAGACAAUGAGGGUGGGAAGGGACCUCAGGAGGUCACAUCUAGUCCAACCCCUGCUCCAAGCAGGACCAGCCCCACCUACAGCAUCCCAGCCAAGGCUUUGUCUACCUGGGUCUUAAACACCUCCAAGGGUGGAGAUCCCACCACCUUUCCGGGUAACCCGUUCCAGUGCUUCACCACCCUCUUUGUGAGAGUUUUUCCUGAUAUCCAACCUCAACUUGCCUUGCUGCAGCUUGAGCCCAUUCCUCCUUCUCCUGCCAUCUGCCCCCACUGAGAACAGCCCAGCUCCAGCCUCUUUGCAGCCCCCCCGCAGGGAGGUGAAGGCUGCUAUUCAAUCCCCCUCGGUUUCUCUUCUGCAGCCUAAAUAAGACCAGAUCCGUCAGCCUCUCCUCACCAGUCCUGUCCCCCAGCCCCACAACCGUUUUCAUUGCCGUGCGCUGGACUCUCUCCAAUUUCUCCGCAAUUUGUCAGUUCUAUCCCAAACUCUUUCAGCACCCUUGUUUUAACAUGCAGAUUUUUUAAACAAUGAGUUUGUUCCUAGUUCUAGCCUAAAUCAGCAUCACGGCACUGCAGUCAGUGAAGCAACUUCUGUUUACAUCCACGGAGAAACCAGUCCCGGUCGUGUCUGAGGUUCUCCCACGCGCGCUGACAACGGACGUGGAUGUUGUGAUGCAAGUAGGGGACGACCCAUGGAAAGCUUGGAAGAGCUGGUACAAGAAGAUGCGAGAACACCACUCCAGAUGCGCUGAGGAAGUUGCUGGCCUUUAGCUGGCAUGGGAGAGUGCACAUAAUGUAGUAACUUCUGACUGGUAUAUUAUUAACAGAAAAUUAAUAAUUAUUAACAGAAAACUAACAGCUCAUUGCCAAGACUGGUCUAAUCAACAUUUCAAAGAGAUCAAAGACACAGAGGGAGCCUGCCCGGCAUGGUCAGCACGAUGGGCUACAGACUGAAGACUCAAAAUCAGCCCCAAAGUUCAGAGGGGUGGAUGGAUAUAUUCAGUGUAAAAUGUACUGGGGACACUCAGUACAUCCUUUUGAGAUUCCCUCCAGCGCCUGGUGCCUCAGCACAGUCUCGUUCAACGUGCGUCUCACCAUUGUGUUGCCUCUCCAAGCAACGUGCAGGCGGCCAAGGUGGGGAAUGUCCUAUUUUCGUGUCCUUUUGAUGAACCCCUAGCUCAAUGCACAGUGCAAUCCAGUUGACAUUCAACUGUGUAACAUCCUGGUUUUAAAACUCCCAUUGCUUCCUUCAUUGCAAAAUUUGAUGCGUUCGUUAACAAAAGGACUGUUAUGUUGCUGGAAAGAAUGUAGCCCUAUUUUUACUGGCCUGAUUUCAUGAGUGUGUGUGGGUGACUUCUCCACUGGUAUCUGGUAUUUUCAACAAUAACCAGUUUUGGAAGGGAGCUGUUAUUUUUUUCCCCCCAUCUCUUCCCUUUUUUUUUAUGAGAUUCAUCCAAAGUCUGUCCUGGUUGGUUAUCCUCGCAGCUGAAAAGCCUCAAGAUUAUUCAUUCAUCCAAGCUAGUCGGUGUUCAGGUCCGGGUCUCAGAAGUUGGUUAAUGCUCAGCUGUAAUUGCAUCCAAGGAGUUGGUGCAUCUGUUAAUGAGACUGUUUGUGCGUGUGUCAAGUUUUACCAGCUCCUCAAUUUGCCAUGAGAUGGGUCAGUCAUACGCCACCUUUUCUUCUGGUCUUCCCGGUUCUUCCCAGCCUUGCCUUGCCUAGUAUGGAUUCAUCCAUGCUACUGGGCAUCAAAUCUGCCCGUCUGUCUGUCCAUCCAUCUAUCGUGUGUGUUCGAAUUAGGCUUUCUUAUAUAAAACUGCUAAAACAAUGGGGCAGAGGGCUCAGAGGGAGUUUGGUCCUGCUUUACAGCACUUUUUUAUGCCUGAGCUGUACUGGGCGCUGCAGGAGAGGGGGUGCCAGGCUCAGCUGGCCGUUUUGGUCCAGUUGGGUAUGAGAUCUUGCUCUCUUUUCUCUCCUGUGACGAAUGGAGUCAUCUCUGUUUUCCAUCUGUAGCUUUCUACAGGAACGAGCAUGCGGGGAGGAGUUGCAGCUCUUCCUCCGAUACUGAAAUACCAGCACGUGCCAUGCGUUCAGUGCCUGUGUCCUGCCCGGUGAGGAGUGCUUGCAACACAGGCACGUGACGUGAUCUUAUGCAGUAGGUCCAAGUGGGCUCCCUUUUCCCGAAGGAGAAACGAAGUCCGAUGUUUCCUCCUUCAAGGUAUGAACAACGUCCACAGCAAAAAGUCCUCCCUUCUGUGGGACAUUGGCAGGUCCCAAGAUUGCUGGGACCUACUUGUGGAGAAAGUCAGACCUUCAGUGCAGCCGCAAGCACGGGUGACUUGGUCCUUGUCUGGCGUGCGGUGCAUUACCACUGGCCAUUUCUCUUCUUUCCCUUCAGACACAUAGUGGUCUUGGUAGGUUACUAUUCCAGCCCUGACCAUGACCCAGCUGGAAUAACCCCCGCAGGCCAGCUGAAAGAGGAGGAGGGGAGUUUGCCCUUUGUUUCCACCUGCUUGAGCACAGCUCAGCUAUCCGCUUGUCCCUCAAGAUCCUAUUUGAUAAGGCCAGAGUGGAAAGGCAGCUGACCUGAGGAAGCUUCCUGCAGGCUCCCUGCCCUCUAAAAAGGCUCUUUCUUGUGUGUGAAUUUGCUGGCCAGUGAUUGGGAACCAAAGAGAAGUGCAAACCAUUGCUGCUUUCUUUUUCCUUUAAGCAGAACACAGUCGCCUGCGCUGGUGCAUGUUCCAGGCAUGGGCUUAGCACUGCUCAGUGCACCCAUUUCUUUUGAAUGCUUUCCUCUGUGAGGGAUACUGCAAAGCUGCCUGGCCUGUGCGGAGAGCUAAGGAUGUGCGUGCUAUGAGGGAGCAGCCGUGUCUUACAGACCUGCAUGCCGCCCAGCCUGGUUCCCGUGGGAGGACGGUCGGGGACUUGGCCACGUGUGCAGCUGCGGAGAGGGGCAGCGAUGGUGCUCUUCGUGGCGGCGGUGCUGGCAUGCCUGGGGGCGUGCAUCACAGCCGUGCCCGCCUCGCCGGCCCCCCGAGACGUGGCUCGCUCUGCCGUGGAGGUGUAUAACCAGGAGGCGGGAACGCGCGCCGUGUUCAGGCUACUCAAGCUCAAAAACGUCCACAAAACGAAAUUUGAAUGGGGCAUGCACUUCAGCAUCAACUUCACCAUCAAGGAGACAUCCUGCCGGAAGAGCAUGGCCAACUACCGCAUCGAGGACUGCCGAUACUGGCCCAGCGGGCAAGUCAGACAGUGCUCGGCCCAGGUCUCUGUUCUGGACUUCGCGCAAGAGGCCCCUUUGACGUCCGUGACUUGCGUCCCGCAGCAGCGAGCGAACAAGCCCAAGCCCCAGGCACCCCGUGAGGUGACCGUACGCCUCCCGGGCUCCCUGUCCCUCGCUGCCCAGGUGGUACCAGAGCAGGACUGAUGCGCCCGAGCCCCAAGAGCCUGCCCUGCACCAGACACCGUCGCAGAGGCUGCCUUGGCGCUUGUCCGGACGGGUGGCCACGUCACACGGGAGCUUCUCAUUGCCGCUGGCUGGACUCGCUUCUGGCUUUCGCUUUGCUUUGGGCAGCAGGAAGCAGCUGCUCACCCACUCACACCACCCUUGCGCCCCUUCCCACGUGGGACAGCCGCCGCGGCUCACGGCCGGUGCCCAGCGGUGGUUGACCCUCAAUGCCACCCAUCCCCUGCCCUGAGACUGGUCCCAUCUCAGGCACCUGCUUUUGCUUGAGGUCUAAGCCAAGUUUUCCCCUUGCAGAUAGUGAUCCCAGCCUCUUCGGGGUGAUGGGCCUGCCCCAGGGAUCCUAAUCGCUCACCUCUGAUGGGAAUCAUGGCCUGAGUUGAGUGUUAUAAAAACCAGCACGGAUGGGAAGAGAGAGACCCUCCUUUUAGGCCCCCAACAGAGACUGCCCCUGCUCCCACCUCCUACUGCCUUGUUGCAAGUCACAGGGGAAUUGGUGCUUUUCCUCCGGCCCCAGCACCUGGAGUCAUGUGAUGGCGGAAGAAAGACGAGCCUCCCUUGGAAACUGCGCACCGCAACAAGUGUCCAGCCCCGAGGGAGACGGAGGACAGCUUGACACAGUGAAUCCCACCCUAACCCUAACCCAUGCCCUCACAAGCCCCCUGGGCAUCUCCUUAUGCCCAGGUGGGCUUCACCCCCUGCACUGAGCAGCUGGGCAGCCGGACGCCUGCGGGACCAUCACCCGCUCCCGGGCCAGUUUAGAGCGACUCAAGUUGCACUUGAGUUGCAGCAAAGGAAGUUGAGGUUGGAUAUUAGGAAGAGGGUGGUGAAGCACCGCAACAGGUCGCUCAGAGAGGUGGUGGGGUCUCCAUCCUUGGAGGUGUUUAAGGCCAGGAUUGACAAAGCCCUGGCUGGAUGAUGUAGAUGGGGCUGGUCCUGCUUGGGACUAGAUGUGACCUCCUGAGGUCCCAUCCAACCCUCGUUUAAUAUGACCCCGAUGUGAGGCUGUGCUCAUGUCCCCAAAGAGACCCCGAAAGUGCACAUUUGUCCCAAAUUGGUCCCAGGUCUUUACAAGCUGUGCAGGAGACACUGAUCCCUCCACCUUGACUAUCGCAGGGGUUGCUCAAUACUGAUUCAUGGGCUGCAGGGAGGCUGGGCUGGGAUACAAAGCCAGUUUGAUGAGAAGCCAGGGAUCCUGCAGAGUCCUGGGUGCGAAUUCCCCCAGAUUUACCACGUUGCUCCCCGCUGCUUCUGUACAGCUCUUGUGUAAAACCCUGCAUUUCGAUCAGCGCCGGGAGAGGGAAUGCGCUCUGUAUUGUCCCGUUCGUUCCUCCAUAACGGGCAGUCAGUCCUUCGACUUGUGCACAUUUAAGCCCACUUCUGUCUUGCCUGGCUCAGUGCAUACACGCCGCAAGCUUCGCACGAAUAAAGACGUUCAGUACUUCUUA